GGUGGUCCAACUAUCAAAGAGAAAUCGACAACAAGAUGGAUGCCAAGCGCAAGGCCGAGUCGCUGCUCGUCAUCGCCCUUGUGGUGGCAGCGGCCACAUCACCUGUGUUGGUGGCCUCAGGGCAUGAGAAGGCUACUCCCACCUGCCUCACCGAGUACUCCAAGCUCUGUGGCAAGGGCGAAAAAAAGAACGCCACGUGCACCGCCAUGGUCGACAAGGCAUGCAGCACUGAGGCAACCAGCGUCACCUUCAUUGAGCGCUUGUUCACGGAGCUCGCCGAGGUCGGGGAAAAGAAGGAAGAAGUCUUUAAUCUAGAAACUUCUGGAGGGCAGGAUGCCCUGAAAGAAUCCGUCGACAAGCAUGGUGGCUGCCCAGGCGACAAGACUGUCAAGGACUAUUCUACCCAAUGUGGUGCCGACUGCGACAAGGCAUGCAUGGAUCCUACUUGCACCGACCACUGCUACGUCGACUGCCCAUACAUGGCUGCGAGAUUUGGCUACAUCAUGGCCACCCCCGCCAAUAAGAAAGCCAUAGAGCAAGACAUGGAUUGCUUCAAGCAUUGCGCAAAGGAAAAGGAUAGCUCAGAUAACAAGUGUCGCAAUACAUGCAAGCUUAUUUCUUCUACCCCUACUCCCGUCCCGGGCAAAUCCGCUUGAAAAUGCAUCUAUUUAUUCCUUCUUUUGGCGAAUUGAAAAUGCUUCUAUUCUAUCAUGGUAAUUUAUUCAUGUUCCGGAUGUAUUCAUCUUUUUGUUUUGUUUUGCUAUUCUAAAUCAAUAAAUAAAAGGACGG